AAAGCAGUUCUAGCGUCUAAAAUUCAUUAUAUUGAAAAAUAAUAUUUUAUGAUAUUUAUAUACCGAUGCUAAAAUUCCGAAGGCCAUUGAGGACCUUUUGCUGCUGGAGUCGCAGAAUGUGUUUUCGAUUGGAGGACGGGAUCCUUUUGUGCAUUCGAAGGCAUCGCAAAGAAUGUGUGGGCCUCCUUCAUCCUUUAUCGGCAUUAUUCCUACUCAGUCUGAUUGGAUUCACUUUUGUCUACGAUCUGUGGUUCGUUUUGCCGUUGUUAACUGAUCCCCAAGGGAUUUGGCACAAGUUGAACUGGCUGCUCGGCAUUUAUGUGGUCUUCAAUAUUCUGGCCAACUGGUGGCUUGGUUUUACGAGCAACACGACGGUGGGCAGCUUGCCCCCGAAGAGGCAACAUCCGGAGGCAGGUGAGGCACACCUGUGGCACUACUGCACCACCUGCCAGAAGCUGGUGCCUCCGAGAUCCUGGCAUUGUCGUCUCUGCAACGAUUGCAUCCUGAAAAGGGAUCACCAUUGCACCUUCUUAGGAAACUGCGUCGGCCACAAUAAUCAGCGAUACUUUCUGGGCUUCCUGUUUCAUCUGACUCUCGGCACUGGACAAGCCUUGGUCUACAAUGCCAUGUUAUCCUGGAAACACAAUGCUUUUCUCGUAUCCGAUCCCUUGUUUCUGGUGGCCCACGAUUAUAGAGACGAUCCGUUGUUAGAUUGGAAGAUCACAGUUGGCAGCAUAUUCAAGCUGAACUUUUUACUUUUUCUGGUUCCGCUAGGAAUGUUUAUCCUGCAAAUGGUUAUGGUUUCUCGGAACAGUACUUGCUAUUUGAUAAUGGAUCGUAGCUACGAUGUCGGCUGGCGGCGAAACUUUGAAAUGGUUUUGGGAAGGAGGCGGUUCUGGACCUUCUUUUCAGCCACAAUCGCAAGUCCUCUGCCCAACGACGGAACCAAGUGGAUCUGCAAGCAGAACGUUUAAGUAUGAAAAAUAAUAAUAAUAAUAAAAAGCUAACCUAAUAAACUAAAUAUUAAAAAUAA